CAAGUCCUGAACAUUUUCUCACCACUUAAUUUUCACAACUUAUUACUAAUCCGAGGAGAAGAAAAUAUGGGCAUCAAAGGCAAGUUGAUUGCUUCAAUGGAGGUAAAGUGUGAAGGACACUCCGUUCAUGAUAUUUUUCACGUUAAUACUCAUCAUAUACCCAAUAUAAGCCCUAAUAAGAUCAAUGUUUUUGAGAUUCAUGAAGGUGAAAUCGGAAAGGUUGGUUCGGUUGUUAGCACAAAAUAUAACGAAGAUGGAAGAGAAAAGUUUAUCAAGCAUACAAUUGAAGCCACCGAUCCUCAAAAGAAAUCAGUCACUUGGAAAGUAAUUGAAGGAGAUUUAUUAGAAUUGUAUAAUUCCUUCACUAUAGUCACAUCCAUUGAAGACCAGUGGAUAACAUGGACAUUUGUGUACGAGAAGAAAACUGAAGAUACCCCUGAGCCCCUCGCUUUCAUGGGCGUAGUCCUUGAUAUGACCAAAGAUGUAGAGGGUCAUCUUCUCAAGAAAUAGAAGAUAUAUAUAUAUAUAUAUAUAUAUAUAUUUAUUUAUUUAUUUAUUGUGUUGUGUGAUGUCUAUUUGGCAAUACUGGCUAGUACUAGCUAGCUAGCAUGUGAAAUAAAUAAGGUUGCGUAUUUGCCAUUCUAUGGAUGUAUUUUCAAUGAUUAGUAUAUGUAAGAUAUUAUGAAAUUUUCGAGUCCGGCCAUGUUGAAGGAAUUUUAUAUAUGAAGAGUUGAAUUUAUUAGAAAAAUAAUAUGUACAAUAGAAUAUAGCUCGAGGUGUGAAUACAUUAUCAUUAAGAA